CAUAUCUCUGAUGCAUUCCAGCAGCUAGAGUCAAGAUCUACAGGAGCAGUUCAACCACUUGUAAGCUACAUGAAACAGACCUGGAUUACCAGCACCACAUGGAACCCAGAGGCAUGGAGUGUCUUCAACCAGCCUAUUCGUACCAACAACGACACUGAGGGCUGGCACAGACGCAUGAACGGGAAGGCAGGGCGUUCCAAUCUCCCCAUGUACAUGAUGAUCCCCUUACUUCACAGGGAAAGUAAGAUAAUCAGUAUCAACCGACGCUUGGUGAAGGAUGGAAAACUUCGUCGCUACCAACGAAAAGUCUACAAGGCCAGCCAGGGGAAGAUCAUGAAGUAUUGGGAGCAGUAUGAAGCAGAGAACAUCACCACUUCAAA